CCCGCUCCCAGCUUUCUCCGUGCACCCAGCCAGAGCCAGGUGGGAGGUGGGUGGGGGUCCCUGCCGCGGCCUCUCUGCGUCGGACCCCCUCCGUCCAAGGGAGCCCCACCCCUAGCCGACCCGCCCCCAGCUCCUCCCUGGCGGGCGGCUCCAGUCCGACUCCUCCCUCCCCCAGGCGCGGGCCGCUAGCUCCCGGGGCCGGCUGUGCUCCGCUCCGCUCCUUUUCUCAGCGCAGCAGUGCCGCAGGUGGCGGACAUGCAUCGGUCCUGACCGGCUCGCCAUGGCCAGCCCCCCAGUCCCUCUCCGACUCACCCUUCUUCUGCUGGGUGCCGUGGGCAGGGCUGGCCCCCGCCCUCAGGGUGCAUACAUGUCCCUUUCAGAAACAGUGCAGAAGUGGAGGGAAUAUCAACAGGAGUGUCAGCGAUUAAUACAGGAGAUACCUCUUCCAACCACAGGAGGCACAUUUUGCAACCGGACCUUUGAUAGCUAUGCCUGUUGGCCAGAUGGCCUCCCUGGGACCUAUGUCAACGUCAGCUGCCCCUGGUACCUUCCUUGGGCCAGCAGUGUGCAUCAGGGACACGUGUAUCGAUUCUGCACCACUGAAGGUAGGUGGCUAUAUGAGAAGAACUCCAGCCUUCCCUGGAUUGAUGUGUCAGAGUGUGAGGAGAACAAGACAGGAGAAAGGAGCCACCCUGAGGAGCAGCUUCUGUCUUUUUCCAUUGUCUACACUGUGGGCCAUGCACUGUCCUUUUCAGCCUUGGUCAUCGCCACAGCCAUACUCCUUCGAUUCAGACACCUGCACUGCACCCGCAACUACAUCCACCUGAAUCUCUUCAUGUCCUUCAUCCUCCGAGCUAUGUCCAUCUUCAUCAAGGAUGAUGUGCUGAAAUGGAUGUACAGUACGGCCACCCGAAGCCACCAGUGGGAGGGCCUCCUCUCCUAUCAGGAGUCCCUGAGCUGCCGCCUGGUGUUUCUCAUGAUGCAGUACUGUGUGGCCGCCAACUACUACUGGCUUCUGGUGGAGGGCAUCUACCUGUACACCCUGCUUGUGCUGUCUGUCUUCUCCGAACGGAGGGUCUUCCGGCUCUAUGUGUGCAUCGGCUGGGGUAUUCCUCUGCUGUUUGUUAUUCCCUGGGGCAUCGUGAAGUACCUGUACGAGGAUGAGGGAUGUUGGUCCAGAAACUCUAACAUGAACUACUGGCUGAUUAUCCGGCUGCCCAUUCUCAUGGCCAUAGGAGUGAAUUUCUUCAUCUUUAUCAGAGUUAUCUGUAUCAUCAUCUCCAAACUGAAGGCCAAUUUGAUGUGCAAGACAGACACCAAGUGCAGGCUGGCCAAAUCAACCCUGACCCUCAUCCCUCUGCUGGGGACCCAUGAGGUUAUCUUUGCCUUUGUGAUGGAUGAGCAUGCCCGAGGGACCCUGCGAUACAUCAAACUUGUCUAUCAGCUCUUCUUCACAUCCUUCCAGGGGCUGAUGGUGGCCAUCUUGUACUGCUUUAUUAACAAUGAGGUCCAGUUGGAGUUUCGGAAGACUUGGGAACGCUGGCGACUGGAGCACUUGUAUACCCAGAGAGAUUGCAGCAUGAAGCCCCUUAAGUGCCCAGCCAGUAGCUUGAGCAGUGGUGGCACAGUGGGGAGCAGUCUGUAUGCAGCCACCUGCCAGGCCACCUGCAGCUAAGAUGCCCAGGUCUCCCUGUUACUACCUUGAAGUCCCAGCUGGGGAAGCCCCCAGAGAUGGGAGGAAUGGGUACUUGGGCAAGUGUGCAUGCACAUACACAGUCACUCACACCAGAGCUUUCUGCUUUAUCCCCUCCCUCCCCCAACCUAUCCAAUGGGCAAAUGGAUGAUGCCUCCUGGGACCCUUGGUCAUACACAUUUUCUCCAAGGAAGGGCAGCAUGCUAAUUUGAUCACUAUGUCGGAAGAAGAGGAAAAAUGAUCGUAGCUAAAAUGAGGAUUUCUUUCCGUUAAGGCACAAGGCCCCUGGGGUUCCCCAGACAGAGCAGCAAAUCAACCCCAGUCCUAAAUUCAAGGUCAAUAGCCAAUUAGUGGGGCUGGAGCUAGGAAGUAGGGGAUGGAAAGCAACACAGAGAGUGGCUGAUGAAAUUACAAAUACAACACAGGGCCAGUUUUGAAUGGAGAUGUCACUUGGCUCAAAUUGCCCCAAUAUUCUGCAUAAUUAAAAGUCUGUGUAGAGAGGCUGUUGCUAUUUGUGUAGCCCCUGCCCCUUUAACUCGUAACUGAUUAUCCUUAGGUCAUUUGCAAAGACCAGAACCAGCCCCACUGUUGAGCAGGUGUCUGAGCACAGGAGCCCCCAAAUGUGUAAAGGACUGAAGGAAUAUAAGAUAAUCCUCUCCAUGAGAAUGUUCCUCCCUUGAAACCUAUUUUUCUGAGCCUGAAAAGCUGUAGAAGGCCUUCCGCUGGGAGACCCAGGCAUUUGGGAGGGAAGUUACUAUAAACCUUGGAAUCUUUCCUGAGGUCUAGACUUCUAAUUCUGCUCCACAGAUAACAGCUUUGUCUAAUAUUUCUCUAGAACAGCUUUAGGGGCACAAGUAUUGUUCUGGAGGCUGAGGGGUAAAACUAUGCUGCAUGAAUAUGUUCCUUUUAAUAGUCCAUCAGACACCAGGGAUUCACCAGAAAGGUAAUAUAACUACUAGAGAAGAUGCUGUCUUUCAAGGAUAGAUCACAGUGUCCAGCAAUCACUAUGGAAGCAGUGCCCUACUGCUCAGUUACCUUCCUUUGAAAACUAUUCAUUAGUGGAUAUUUCAAGUCUCUUGGUUUUUCUUCCUUGCCAUGAAUAUUUUUUAAUUGUGAAGGUGCAAUACAUACUUCUCCCACCCAAAGAGAUAAAAAACUAAAGCAGGUUAUUGAAUCAUGUUGGGGAAAGGUGGUGUAAUUAGUUAUUGAACUCAUUCAUACUUGGUACUAAUUAGCUUUUGCCCUAUCACCAGCUGCAGCCUUGUAAAUAAUAAUAAUAACAAUAGGGAAAACCCCAUCAUUCCAGCCCCUUCAGCUAGAUACACACCAACAUGGAAGAGAAGAAAAUAAACAUCCAGGAAUCCCAAAGAUUGAUUUCAAGGAGCAGGGAAAAAGUUUCCAAAGCAUCAGCAAACUUUGGGGAGCACAGACUAGCCAUGAAUGGGAGGAGGAAAAGAAGGAGGGAAGAGUUGGAGUUCUGGAUGAAUUACUUUAUGACUCAGUCUCCUCCACCUCCCUCCUCUCCAUUUUAUGGGUCUGAAGACCCUUCCUGUGGCAUUGUAGCAGUCAGAGACCCCAGUGUCUGUCCCCUCUGAGAGGCAUUUGGUGUAUAGGAAAAAUAAUAAUUGGACAUUAAAAUCUCACCAAGCAGAAAAUUUCUUAGGAUCUGAA